AUGGUCAUUGAUGCUAUUGUGGAGGGUUUCAUCCGCGUAAGUGUAGGCUCGGUCUGCGCCGUAUUCAAUUACACCUGGCCCUGGGGCAGCGUCGUCUACCACACCAUCUCCGCUCCCGUUGUUGCUGCUUGCUACGCCCUCAGCACACAUGUGGGCUUGGUCAACCCCACAGUCCUCCCCGACCUUGGCCCGGAAUACGGCGUCGUCCCGCCGCCGAUCCGGCGCCAACCGCUGGUGCACGUCGAUGGGAUAGCCCUGGCACAUGCAGUCAUGGCACCUGGGGCGCGCGAGCUAGAACGCUUCCGCGAUGAACAGCCGGGCACAACUUCGAACUAUUUAUACUUCGCCGCCGGAGUGGCCCUGCAGGUACCCUUGGCACCGUUCGACACCAAGCUGGGCAAAAGCAUCGAUCAAAUCAAGGCGGACAAUGACCGACUAGGAAAGCUUAUGCAUCCCAGACUCGAGGCUGAGCGUGACGCCCUUCGCUCGUUUCGAAGGCUGCUGCGUAAGCAGCCCGCCGCCGGGGUCCUCGAGAAAUCCGAGGCUUACCCUGUGGGACGAAGAACCUACUCUGCCGCUAGCUGGUUGGGCUCGGUCUGGCAGACGGUGCUAACUACGCUCCGUAGAGCGUUACAACGUUCCGUGCGGUCUCAUCUGCUCCGCCGGGUAGACGACCUGGACCAGAUACUCCAGAAUGGCCUGAGCGAGCGGAAGGAGUGGAUCCAUUCCCUGGCCCCUUCCAGCCUGUCGAAGGUAGAGGAGAUGGUUGGGCCUGUAUGUCAGGCAUCUCGAGACUUGACUGAUGCCAAAUGGCAACUUGAGGCGAAGGUGGACGAACUUCACGUAGCUGCCUUGGGGAGCGGCGGAAGCUUUGAGCUAGCUGGCGGCACAGCUGGUAUCCAGGCAGAGCUCACCAGCGGCCUCUCAGGCAUUCGGACUGCGCAGUCCAGCUUCACAAACAUGUGCAUGUUCGCUUGGGCGGAUCGCAAUGCCGCUACAGAUGUCAUUUCAAGGUUGGCCCACGACAUCGAGGUUUACAUGUAUGCUCAAGAGUCCCUCAAGGAGUUGCGAGACCGCAUUCAGGCUGAUCCGCUCAAUGAACCUUCCAAAAUGAUGGCCUUCGAGGUAGAAAUGGACAACACUGCCGUUUGGGGGCUUAGGUGUAUCGAGUAUUGGGAAGAAGAACGGGAGAGCUAA